AUGACCUACUUCAGCCCGUCCAUAAAUGCUUUAAGAYGAUCUGCAAUAAGUCUGGGCAGUGUCUUCCACACAGGCUUCCCUGCUAACCAGCACAGCUCAUCGAGAGGAAGAGACAGGAGAGGACAGUUUGAUCUGUUGACAUGCUUGGUUUCUUUUCCCCAGGGUAAAGUGACAGUUGCUUCUUGGAGCCCUGUUGUUGCAGCUUCGCUUGCACCUCAGGUCCUGGCCAGACGCACAGCCACCCACGAGGGGGAAAUCUUGAAGCUGCCAGGAAGGCUGAGAAUCCAGCCCUCGCUGUGGAGCAAGGAGGAUGUGAUCCACUGGCUGAGAUGGGCUGAGAAGGAAUAUUCCCUUCGGCAAACGGAUGAGAGCAAGUUUGAGAUGAAUGGGAAAGCCCUGUGCAUUCUCACCAAGGAUGACUUCAGAUACAGAGCUCCUCGCUCAGGUGAUGUCUUAUAUGAACUCCUGCAGUAUAUCAAAACUCAGAGGAGAGCCCUGGUGUGCAGCCCCCUGCUGAACUCACCUUUCAGGGAGGCCAGGAGCAUGGUGGAAGGGCUGGACUGCGGCGCAGAGGCUGCCCCAGCUGCUCUCUCUUCCUCCCUGCCCAGCUGCUCGAGGCGGGACAAGCCGGUGUCCCCGGGUGUCCCCCGUGGAGCCGAGGAGCCACUGAACCUCUCGCACCCCAGCACAGAGGGCAGCUGCAGGACGGAYGCCCUCUGCUCUGUUCCUACCUCCCCAGCAGCUCCAGCGGACGGGAAGAUUGCAGACUGCAGGUUACUGUGGGACUACGUUUACCAACUCCUCUCUGACAGCCGCUAUGAGCCCUACAUCAGGUGGGAAGACAAGGAAGCCAAAGUCUUCCGGGUCGUUAAUCCCAACGGACUCGCCCAGCUCUGGGGGAACCACAAGAAUCGUGUAAACAUGACAUAUGAAAAGAUGUCACGAGCCCUCAGACAUUACUACAAACUCAAUAUCAUCAAAAAGGAGCCAGGGCAGAAGCUGCUGUUCAGAUUUCUGAAGACUCCUGGGGAGAUCAUCCAUGAGAAACCCAGCAAGCUGGAGCAGCUGGAGAAUGAGGAACAUGAGGAUUUCAAGGAAGAUGCACCAGAGGUCUCACCGUAGGCAACCUCUGAGGAUGCCA